CCAUGAGCUGCCACAAGGCCCACAACUCUGUUAUUCUCCAGAAACCCAAACGAAGAAAAGAAGUGGGAAUCGCAUAAACCCUCUUAAAAACUCUGUUAUUAUCUAAUUUGAUCUUAAUUGUUAUCUUUGGAGGGCUAAAGUAUUCCUUCAAUCCCAGUGACUCAAAACACCAUGACAGAUAAUCAGGAGCCGAUGCUCAAAGAUGGACACUUGACUAACCAGUUGCCAUUGAGAAAACUCAAGUGGUGGCACUGGUGGUUUUUGGUUGCAAUAAACAUUUUCUUCCUCAUUGUGGGCCAAUCUGCUGCUGUUCUUCUUGGGAGAUUUUAUUAUGACCAGGGUGGAAAUAGUAAUUGGAUGGCUACUCUUGUCCAAACUGCUGCCUUCCCAAUCCUUUUCGUCCCGCUCUUUCUUAUUCCUUCCUCUCAGGAGCCUUCAACUUCUUCGACCCCAACCUCUAUCAAAGUUCUUGCCAUGAUCUACUUUUCUCUUGGAGUGCUCAUAGCUGGUGAUAACAUGCUGUAUUCUGUUGGACUCUUUUACCUCUCUGCCUCUACCUACUCCCUCACAUGUGCAAGCCAAUUAGCUUUUAAUGCGGUUUUCUCUUACUUCAUCAAUUCCCAGAAGUUCACUAUGUUAAUUCUUAACUCUGUGCUUGUCCUCUCAUUAUCUGCUGCUCUGAUUGCUGUCAAUGAUGACUCUGAAGGACCAUCAGGAGUUUCCAAGUCUAAAUAUAUGGUUGGCUUCGUUGUUACUCUUGCAGCUUCCGCACUUUACUCUCUUUUGCUUUCCCUGAUGCAGGUUUCCUUCCAAAAGGUUCUAAAAAGGGAAACAUUUUCUGUGGUUUUGGAAAUGCAAAUCUCUACAUCACUUGUUGCCACUUGUGUUUCUAUUGUGGGUCUUUUUGCAAGUGGACAAUGGAAGAGUUUGCAUGGGGAAAUGGAAGGUUUUGGUACAGGAAGAGUUUCUUAUGUAAUGACUUUGGUUUGGACAGCUGUGGCUUGGCAGAUUUGUUCAGUCGGUGUUGUGGGCUUGAUUUUUGUGGUGUCAUCUCUCUUCUCUAAUGUUAUCAGUACUCUCUCUUUGGCUGUUACUCCUAUUGCUUCUGUGAUAAUUUUCCAUGACAAGAUGAAUGGCGACAAGGUAAUUGCUAUGCUUUUGGCCAUCUGGGGUUUUGUAUCUUAUAUUUACCAGAAUUAUAUUGAUGACUCUAAGGCAAGGAGAGCACAGAAUGAUGCUAGUGAAUCUCAGCAUAAUUCUUCAUGUUGAUGAAUUUGGAAAGGCUGCCCAGAAACUGAAUAUCUUGGCUUUUCUUUGAUUAAUUUUCCCCUGGUGUAACUGAUGCCAGCCUCACAUUGAAGCAUAUUGUUCACAGGUUUAUGGCUUUGUAGCUGGAUUAGGGAAAUUAUCCAGUUAACUGCUAUUUAUCUUUUUCUGAAUAGAUGUCAUAAUCUAUAAAUUGCUGUUUUGAAGACCCCAUGGAAUGAAUUAAGUUAUUGGAUAUUAAGUUUUAA